ACUAGGCACUAGCCAGUCCACACCCGAACAUAUCCGCGCGGCGUGGACUCGCGCAACCUUCCCCUUCACCCGUUACCUCCUCGCCGGCGUCGCCGUCGCCGUCGCCGUUGUCUGCGUCCGAUCCGCUCUCCUCCGCCCCCACAGCCAAAAACGCCGCGAAUGCGGAGCGUCUGCGCGAGGCGGUCGUGACCUGGCCGGAGCGGUGAGCCGAACCCCCCCGCGCGCGACGCCUCCCGCCGCUCGCCGCAUCGGGAUCUCGCUCGCACGCGCCGCCACCGCGCGAUCUAGCGGCGGAGCGCACGGUACGGAGGGAGGGUUUCCCGGGAAUUCCGGCGCCCGCGGGAGGCAUGGCGGCGGAGACGUCCACUUCGGCGGCCGCCGGCUCGGGCGGCGGCAGCUGGGUGGAGUCGUACACGGGGAUGUCCACGGACAACAUCAAGGGGCUGGUGCUCGCGCUCUCCUCCAGCGUCUUCAUCGGCACCAGCUUCAUCGUCAAGAAGAAGGGGCUCAGGAAGGCUGGCGCGUCCGGCGUCCGCGCAGGGGUUGGUGGGUACUCUUAUUUGUAUGAACCAUUAUGGUGGGCAGGAAUGAUUACAAUGAUCGUUGGAGAAGUUGCUAACUUUGCAGCAUAUGCGUUUGCUCCUGCUAUACUUGUUACUCCACUUGGUGCACUUAGCAUAAUCAUUAGCGCCGUUCUUGCAGACAUUAUGUUAAAGGAGAAGCUACAUAUCUUUGGUAUACUUGGAUGUGUUCUUUGUGUCGUGGGUUCAACAACUAUUGUGCUUCAUGCCCCCCAGGAGCGUGAAAUUGAGUCUGUCGCAGAAGUGUGGGAUCUUGCUACAGAACCAGCAUUUAUAUUUUAUGCGAUAAUCGUGCUUGCUGCAACUUUCGUGCUCAUAUUCCGUUAUAUCCCACAAUAUGGUCAGACACAUAUCAUGGUUUAUAUUGGUGUUUGUUCACUUGUAGGAUCUCUAUCGGUCAUGAGCGUGAAAGCUCUUGGUAUAGCCUUGAAACUGACCUUUUCUGGGAUAAACCAGCUAAUCUAUCCGCAGACAUGGUUGUUCGCAAUUAUUGUUGUUGCAUGUAUAUUAACACAGAUGAACUAUCUGAACAAGGCUCUUGACACAUUCAAUACGGCAGUUGUUUCACCAAUAUACUAUACGAUGUUUACCUCACUAACAAUACUGGCUAGCGUCAUAAUGUUCAAGGACUGGGAUCGUCAAAAUCCAACUCAAAUUGUGACAGAGAUGUGUGGUUUUGUGACCAUCCUUUCUGGGACAUUUCUUCUUCAUAAGACUAAAGAUAUGGUUGAUGGCCUCCCACCGACUCUGCCUAUCAGGAUUCCGAAACAUGGUGAUGAAAACGGCUACGCGUCUGAAGGAAUUCCUCUUAGAUCCGCUGCUGAAGGCCUCCCUCUGAGGUCACCGAGGGCAGCAGAAUAAUUUUGACCAACUUGAGAUGCUCAGUGAUCCUUGUGGCCAUGGUUCGCAUUCUUUCAUUCUAUCCAGUCUGUAGAUUGUACUUUAGGGCUCUAUAAACAGGAAAAGGCUCGUUCCCCCUUGUAGUUUUCGAGGAACCGGUAGAGUAUUGGGGAUAUAUGUCUUAUACAUCAAAAGUUUUUUUUCCAUGUAUUUUUGUUUUUGAGGAACCGGUAUGGUAUAGUAUUGGGGAUGCAUCUUA